AUGAGGAAACCAGAGGUAGCAAGUGCAGCCACUCAUCAAGUAAAGAAGAUGAAGAAGGGGUUAUGGUCUCCAGAAGAAGACUCAAGGCUGAUGCAAUAUAUGAUAAGCAGUGGGCAAGGGUGUUGGAGCGAUGUAGCCAAAAACGCAGGUCUUCAACGAUGUGGCAAGAGCUGCCGUCUUCGUUGGAUCAACUAUCUUCGUCCUGACCUCAAACGUGGUGCUUUCUCUCCUCAAGAAGAGGAACUCAUUAUUCGUUUUCAUUCCAUUCUCGGCAACAGGUGGUCUCAGAUUGCAGCACGAUUGCCUGGUCGGACGGACAACGAGAUCAAGAAUUUUUGGAACUCAACAAUAAAGAAAAGGCUAAAGAAGAUGUCCGAUACAUCCAACCUCGUCAACAAUUCAUCCUCAUCACCCGACACAAGUGAUUUGUCUAAUAAUACCACCUCUUCUUUGGAGCUUAAGGAUAUUAUAGGAAGCUUCAUGUCCUUACAAGAACAAGGAUUCAUCAACCCCUCUUUCACCAACACACCAAUAACCAACAACAAUCCAUUCCCAGCACCACACAUGAUCAGCCACCCUUGUAAUGACGAUUUUAACAAGUAUGCAGAUGGUUUCUAUGGAGUAAACACAGGGUUACAAGGGGAAAUCUAUUUUCCACCUUUGGAGUGUCAAGAAGGUGACUGGUACAAGGCAGAUAUUAACAACCACUUAGAGGUCAUGAACACUAAUGGAGCUGAAAAUGUACCGGAAAGUAUGAGAAUGGAAGAAUAUUGGGACCUUGACCAGUUGAUGAGCACUGAGGUUCCUUCGUUUCACUUCAACUUCAAACAAAGCACAUGAUUUUUUGUUUACGUCACUUUUUUUCGGUUGCGGAAUUAUACUCGAGAGAUUCGUAGCCACACGUAAAUGCAAAUACUGAUAUAUAUACAUUGUCAUAGAUAGAUAUUGAAAAGUUAGAAAGUCUUUUGUAUUUCGAAUAACUGUCUCGUACAAGGGCUAUAUAGCUUGACGGGCCAAAUGUAAUGAUAUUGAUUAGUCAAUGUAAACCAUA